AUGAUGAAAAAACUGCUUUUACUUUUCCUAAUCUGCUCAUUCAAAAUAUGGGCCGAAAAUACAAGGGCAUCAAAAUUCGUAAACUCUAAAAGAAAGCGAAAUGGAAACGCAAUGCGAGAAAAUAAAUUGAACAGUGACGACGUGGACAACUACAGCUUCCUCUCCUUGCAGACAGGGAACGACGAGAAGGCUGCCAACGAAAGCGACGGAAACAACGCCAAGAAGGAAAAGGAAGGCGAAGAAAAAAGCAACGGUAAUGAAAAGAAGAGUGAAGAUAAUACCAAUGCAAAUGAAAAAAAAAACGAAGAGAAUACCAGUGUAAACGAAAAGAAGAAUGAAGAAAACAACGCAAGUGAGCAAAAAAAUGAGCAAAAAAAUUACCAAAGUAAUGAGCAAAAUAAUAGCCAAAAUAAUACUCCCCCCAAAAAUGAAUCCGUACCAGUAGAAAAAAAAAUUAAUAAAGAAAAUUUAUUAGAAUAUGGGACCCAUGACAAAGAUGGCCAUUUUAUUCCUUCUUAUAAAACACUCACAAAUGAAAUUCUGUCAACAAAUAAUUCUCUGGAAAGAGCGUCGAGCUUCCUGAAGGUCGCCUGCUCACACAUCAUGAAAAUUGUGGAAUUCGUCCCGGAGAGUAAAUUGUCGUCACAGUACAUAAAGGUGGAGUCUAAAAACGUGUACAUAAAGGAUAUCACCUCGGAAUGCCAAAAUAUUUUUUUUUCACUCGAAAAAUUAACCAUGACAAUGAUUGUCCUAAAUUCAAAGAUAAACAAAUUGAUCUACGUCCAGGAUAAAUAA